AUGAAUUGCCUUCCGAUUCUCGACUUCCCUGAUUCAUGUAUGAAUGAUUAUCUUCUUUCUCAACCUUCAAAAUCAUUGAACAGGUUUCCUGUAGGUGGUUUCUCGGCUUACCAACUCUGUAGGACUUGGAAGCCCUCGCAAAGAUUUAGGUUCUUUAUCGUUCUGGAACUGCAUUAUGUACCACCCUUUAACAAUUUUGCCAAUUUCUAUCAGCUCCUGCUUAAAAGGCUAUUCAAGCUCAGAAGAGUUUAUGAGUUUGGAGGUCCUUGUGGAACCUCAAAAUUGACUCAUCUCGAGCACCUUGGUCUGCCAGACAUGAAGAAUAAGAUGCCCACCAGCAGAACUGAAUCGGUUUUAACGGCGUCUCUUCAGUUUGCAGGUGGCAAUAGAAAAUGGGGAAAUACAUGUGCUUUUGGCAAAUUGGCAAGGAAUAUAUCUUUAGGGAUAUCUACAUAUGGAGUGUACGGAAAUGGACUUUUUCAUGGAGUAGACAAAGGUAUGGCAAGAUUGCGAGAACCUGCAACACUAGGGAUUUCAAAACUUCAGGCUGCCAAAUCUGGAGUGGUUGCAACUGCGCAAACUACCAGAGUUGAAGAGCAUCGAAUGGGCACAAGCAUAUCUAAGACUAUACAAGCCCUGGAGAGUCCAAAACAGCAUAAGUUGGAUGAGACCAUCAAAUUGGCAGUAUUUUAUAGAUCUUAUGGAUUUCCUAUGUUCUAUUUGAAGAGCGUCUACAAUGGAAACCAGCAGUCUGAGAGCUUAAAUAACCUUAAAUCUCAGAAAGCCUCAAGACUCUCCAAUUAA